GGCUCAUGAACCCUUCAACUCUCCUCUCACCUCUCUCUCUCUCUCUCCCACCAAAAUCUCCUCUGCUUUUUCUCAAUAAGAAGCGAACCAAAAAUAGAAAAAAGCAGAGAGCAAACACAUAGAGAGAGAGAAAACGAAGAUGAGCGAGAGAAAUCUCAACAGCAAGCGAGAAUCUCGAGACUUCGAAGCUUCAAGCACAAUCGUAUCAGUAUCGGUAUCGCCACUCAAGAAGAAGACGAAGCUCGAUGACUCUUCAGCAUCGGACUCUCAUGGCGUCGUGCUCGCGGUUCCUUCUCCUUAUGUAGCUUCAUCGGCGGAAUCAUCUCGAGCAUCUAUCGUCAGCUCCGACUGUUUCAGCAGUGAAUCCAACGAAACCGUGAGGAACAAUCCAACCUCUGUUGUAGAUCUGGAGGUGAAAUUUCUGGAAUCGGUUAGCUCUUUCUCGAUUCUGUUAUUUUCUCUCCGUUUAUUUCUUGUGUUUGUUCAGGAUACAGUGAGCGAGGCUUUGGGAGAGACGACGGAGACGGCAUCAUCAUCGGCAAUCAAAAGGGAUGAACCACCGGAGGUGAGCAAGGUUCCGACGGCGGAGGAGAUUGAAUCAUUCUUAUCGGAGCUAGAAGGUGGAGACGAUAAACAGAAGCGAUUCAUAGAAAAGUACAACUUCGAUAUCCUCAAUGACAAACCGCUUCAAGGUCGUUACAUGUGGGAUCGACUCAAGCCAUGAAUAGCGAGCAUAUGGAGGAGGAAGAAAAAUAAUUAGGUUAUUUAUCUACUAAUUACAUUCCACUCGUACGUACAGCUCUCGUUUCGUUUUUUUUGGUUCUAAUCAGUUUUUAGCCUUCGUAUAACCAAAGAAAAGAAAAUACAACCUUUAUAUGGAAAGUUCGGAUCUUGAUCAAGUAAUUACGAUGGUUUUCAGAAAAUAGAAAUUCCUAUGGCUUUUUGAUUUUUUGUGGUUUCUCAUGUAUCACUUGUUUUUUGGUGAAUCAAGUGAGUACAGUACCUGGUUUAGGUAAUGUCAGACAGACUCUGGUUUUUAUAAUUGCAUGAAUAAGGAAAGUAAUUGGUUCUUGGUUCGUUUAGUGCAUUGGAUGCUUAUUACAAUUAUUUUAUCUCCACAUUUGUUUCGU